AUGAUCAGUUUCAUAAUAUUUCUGUUUACUCUGUUUCCAUUUCUCAUUCAUGACUUGUGGCCAUUAAAUACAUGGAUUCAAGCCUUCAUAAUCAUAAUCUGUAUAGUACUUCCAUUCUUGAUCCCAGUGAUUCGUAACUAUGCCAGCGUAUUUCUUGUGUUCUACAGAUACAUUCACAUUGUGAGCUGGCGAGUGUUCAAAACAGAGUUCAUGGGAGCAGUUCCAUACUCUGAUGAACUUUUCUAUCCAAUCCUAUUUGGUUGUGCCAUUACUGUUAUCUUAUUCCCGUUGAUUGGUCCUCUUCACCAGUCUGCAUUCAACGUCUACUACAGGUUUGUAUUAAUUUUUUUUGCACAACAUGUCCAAUCAGCUAUGAUAUAAAGUACGUGCGGUCAGCGAUUGCUCAUUAUACCAGACAAUAGAAGCCGUAGACUGUGUAAAGUUUUGCAUUCAAUGUAUCUUCAUACAGUGUACUUGUACACACACCCACAAUUAAACAAAAUUCAGUCCGCUGAAAUCUUACUUAUCAUACUUUGCGCUUUUUCCUUGCUUCCCUCUUCCAAGGUGAGAAGCUAAGAAGAGAUGUGGUGCUGAACUAAGUUAAAUGACAGCAUUGCUUUAUCCUUCUUUUCAGAUUCAGACUAUCAAAGGCGUUUUUUUCGCCGGAAAGAAAAAGUGGAAAAUGUCGAUGGGGUGAUGUCUUUCCCAUGUGCGUAACACCAAUACAUGAAAUAACCUCUUUAUUCCGUAAAGGGCAUGAUAAUAACGUCAACGAGAACGAUGAGAUGGAGUUGUCACUUCACACGCUCAGCGGCAUUUCACCCACAUUUAUAAGCAACAUCACAGUUAACGACUGGCAAAUGAACAUCGAUGACGAGUCAAGACACAAGUUGAUGAUUGCAUUCUCAUCGGAAGGAGUAGAAAUCAUUGGUAAAGAUCAACAAGAGAAACUACCAAACUUUAAAGGCUGCUUUAAACCAGAACACAUGAGGUCAUCUUCUGCAAUGGCCAUAUCUGGGGCAGCUUUGAGUUUUGACAUGGGAGAAUACGAAAGUGGUGGACUGAAUGCAUUGUUAGAACUUUUAAACUUGCCGGGACUUGGAAUGGGAGACGAAAUGAUGUGUGAUCAGUGUCAAGUCACAAAACAGAAGGCCUCUAAGAGGGUUAGUGAUUAGUAAACUUAUGAUAUCAUGCCCCGCUUUAAGAAUCAUCUUGCGGGGGGAUUUUCAACUUUGAAUUUCAAAUCCUUUUGAAUUUUAACUUAGUUUUGUUUACCGUAGUUUUGUAAUGACUCAGUUAUAACCGAGAGUACUUCUACAAUGUUAUAAAAGUGGAUCAAAGAAGCUUGUUUUGAACAUCAACUGUUUAAGUUUACUUUCCCAAACCAAUUAACAUAUACGUUGAAAAUAGUAAUUGUGUGAUGAACUCUUUUUCUAUUAUAGUAUGGAAUGCCAUUAGUUUUGGAGUUCGUCCUUUUUCUCCCAAAGAUCGUCUUACCAUUUGUUUACUGGUUGAGACACAGCAUGACAUGGGUGGAUCACCUGGUACUUGUCCACCUCCUAAUUGUUGUGGCUUUAUCCAUGAUUGCUGUUUCAAAGACUGGGUCGGACUCUCCAGGAAAAUGGGAGAAGUUUGUCAGGUACAACGCUUUCUUUCACCACAGAGUCUAAAAUAUCUUUCGAGUAAAAGCUAAUCCAAGAUAACCACCACUUAUCGCCAUCGCCAACCUCACCACUUAUCAAAGUUUUAUUAUGAUGAGCUACAAUGAUCCCUCGGCUCUUGCAUCACACCCACUGCUAAUACCAGUUCAGCAGCAAGAAAUCAUAGAGGGAAAUAUGAUCUCUUGGUAAUACUUUACAUCUCUCAUGGGUACCCACCCACCUUUGCAGCAUCGUCACCUACCAGUACCUUGCAUAAUCAUAACGUGCACUUCGGUCAAACUACUUAAAAACAUGAUUUCCUUUGCAGAUACUGCAUCAGGAAAAUAUUCUUUGUUCGCUUCGUUCGUGGAUUCCUAAAUGUCAGUAAUGUUGGCGAGAAGCCACCUGAAUACUUGCGACUGAGCGAUGGCGGACACUAUGAGAAUCUGGCUUUGCUUCCACUGCUUGAAAAACGGCUGGAAAAAAUUGCAAUCUUCGAUGGUUCGUGCAACCCUGGUGGUGAUAAGUACGCAGAUUCCCUUCUGAACGCUUUAAAGCUAGCGGGAGAAAAAUUACGCUGUUCCUUUGUUGGAGAAAAUGGCCGAGAUGUCAACGAGGAUAUCAAAGACAAAUUUUUGAAAGUGAAUUUAAAGAAAAGACUACGUUGCUACAGGUUUCGAGUCCGUUACUACGACGAAGGAGACAACAACACAGGGAAGGAAGGAUAA